AUGAAGAAGUUUAAUUUCCGAAAAGUUUUGGAUGGCUUAACUGCCUCAUCCCCUGGCAGUGGUAGCGGCAGCGGCAGUAACAGCGGUGGGGCUGGAAGUGGCUCGGUCCAUCCAGGAGGGACUGCAGGGCUUCCGAGAGAGGAAAUUCAGGAAAGCCUGACUUCAGAGUAUUUCCAGAUUUGCAAGGGCGCUUUGGUCAGUGCAAGUUCAGAUGACACACUUCAUUUGUGGAAUCUGAGACAGAAAAGGCCAGCCAUUCUCCAUUCUCUUAAGUUUAACAGAGAACGAAUUACUUACUGUCAUCUACCUUUCCAGAGUAAAUGGCUCUAUGUUGGAACAGAAAGAGGAAAUACACAUAUUGUAAAUAUUGAAUCUUUCAUUCUUUCUGGAUAUGUCAUCAUGUGGAACAAGGCAAUUGAACUAUCCACCAAGACUCAUCCAGGCCCAGUUGUACAUUUAAGUGAUAGCCCAAGAGAUGAAGGAAAACUGUUAAUAGGUUAUGAAAAUGGCACUGUGGUAUUCUGGGACUUGAAAUCUAAAAGAGCAGAACUGAGAGUUUAUUAUGAUGAGGCUAUUCAUUCAAUUGAUUGGCAUCACGAGGGCAAACAAUUCAUGUGCAGCCACUCAGAUGGUAGCUUGACUUUAUGGAACCUGAAAAGCCCAAGUCGCCCUUUCCAAACCACAGUUCCACAUGGAAAAAGUCAAAGAGAAGGAAGAAAGUCUGAGUCUUGUAAACCAAUUCUUAAAGUAGAGUACAAAACGUGCAGGAACAGUGAACCAUUUAUAAUAUUCUCUGGUGGGCUGUCAUAUGACAAAGCUUGCAGAAGGCCAAGUUUAACCAUCAUGCAUGGAAAAGCAAUUACAGUACUUGAAAUGGAUCAUCCUAUUGUUGAAUUUCUAACUUUAUGUGAAACGCCCUAUCCAAAUGAAUUUCAAGAACCCUAUGCUGUUGCUGUACUUCUAGAGAAAGAUCUCAUCGUAGUUGAUCUGACACAAACCAAUUUUCCAAUCUUUGAAAAUCCAUAUCCAAUGGACAUUCAUGAGUCACCAGUUACAUGCACAGCAUAUUUUGCCGAUUGCCCUCCAGAUUUGAUCCUAGUACUCUAUUCUAUAGGAGUCAAGCAUAAAAAACAAGGAUACAGUAAUAAGGAAUGGCCAGUCAGUGGAGGAGCUUGGAACCUUGGAGCACAAACUUAUCCAGAAAUUAUUAUUACAGGUCAUGCUGAUGGAACAAUAAAAUUUUGGGAUGCCUCAGCAAUGACCCUGCAGAUGUUGUAUAAGCUAAAAACUUCCAAAGUAUUUGAAAAACAGAAGGCAGGAGACGGCAAACAGACAUGUGAGAUUGUAGAGGAAGAUCCUUUUGCUGUUCAGAUGAUUUAUUGGUGUCCAGAGAGCAGAAUAUUUUGCGUAUCUGGAGUCUCUGCAUAUGUCAUAAUUUAUAAAUUCAGCAGACACGAAAUCACAACAGAAAUAGUGCCAUCAUUAGAAGUACGACUUCAGUGCGAUGUUGAAGACAUUAUUACUCCUGAGCCAGAAACAAGUCCUCCAUUUCCAGAUCUCUCCUCUCAACUUCCUUCUUCAAGGAGUCUUUCUGGAAGCACUAACACUGUGUCUAGUGAAGGAGUGACGAAGGACAGCAUCCCGUGUCUCAGUGUUAAAACACGGCCAGUACGAAUGCCGCCGGGCUAUCAAGCAGAUCUUGUUAUUCAGUUGGUGUGGGUAGAUGGUGAGCCUCCUCAGCAAAUUACGAGCCUUGCUAUAAGCUCAGCAUAUGGAAUAGUUGCAUUUGGAAACUGCACUGGGUUGGUUGUGGUGGAUUUCAUACAGAAGACAGUACUGUUAAGCAUGGGGACCAUUGACCUCUAUAGAUCAAGUGACCUGUACCAGCGACAGCCCCGGUCUCCUCGAAAAAACAGGCAGUUCAUUGCAG